AUGCCUCAGCCUAGUCUCAAGCCAUGCCGUAAAAUCUUCUUCGCGAAUGACUCAAUUCGGCCUUGCGAACAAAUCCGAUGGAUGACCUCCAGCAAAAGGGUUGAAGACCGGAGCAAGAACAAACGCGUGCACGACCUAGAAAUCGUGACCGAAAAACACAAGAUGGUUAUGAAGAUCCUACACUUGUUCGAGAUUCUCAAAUCUGAGUCUGAAAACAUAAUCCCCUUGAGAAAUCUCGACCAACACCGCAGGCAAAUCAACCUCCCCAAGCCCCACAAGAUCUCCGAUUUCCUCCGCAAGUCACCCAAGCUUUUCGAACUGUAUAAAGACACUAAAGGCGUGGUUUGGUGUGGCAUGACAGAAAAAGCCGAAGACUUAGUGAAGGAGGAGGAAGAAUUAAUCGAGAAAAAUGGCGAAAAGGCUGCUGAGCACGUCACUCGGAUGUUAAUGAUGUCAGCGGAUAAGCGGCUGGCGCUCGAUAAGAUUGCGCAUUUUAGGCGCGAUUUUGGGCUGCCGAUUGAUUUUAGAAAAUAUUGGGUUCAUAAAUAUCCGGAAAACUUUCGGGUCGUGCAGCCAUUUAAGCCUCUCGACGAGAGUGAGUAUUUGGAGCUUGUCACUUGGAGGCCUGGUUGGGCGGUGACUGAACUGGAAAAGACGGUUUUACCCCUGAAGGAAGGGCUGAGUUUCGAUGAACAUGUAUCCGGAUGGCUUUCAUUGGCUUUUCCUUGA